CACCUUACCCCUGCCUGGCCGCCUGCGCCCCCGGGAGGCCCACUGCGCGCGAGACAAGCAGCAUGAGCAGCGGCUACAGCAGCCUCGAGGAGGACGCGGAGGACUUUUUCUUCACCGCCAGGACCUCCUUCUUCAGGAGAGCGCCUCCGGGCAAGUCCCGCUCGGGUCAGCCGGAUGUGGAGAAAGAGAAGGAAACUCACAAUUACCUCAGCAAAGAGGAAACCAAAGAGAAAGUCCAUAAGUACAACUUAGCCGUCACAGACAAGUUGACGAUGACCUUGAAUUCAAAUGGGAUCUACACUGGCUUCAUUAAGGUGCAGAUGGAGCUCUACAAACCGACUCAGACCCCGCCCGGGAGCGGCGACUGUGUGAACACACUGCACAUCAGUAGUGCCAACACCGUGGGGGAGGUGAUCGAGGCCCUGCUCAAGAAGUGUCUGGUGACGGAGAGCCCCACCAAGUUUGCACUUUAUAAGCGCUGUCACAGGGAUGGCCAAGUGUAUGCCUGCAAGCUCUCUGACCGGGAACACCCACUCUACCUGCGUUUGGUAGCAGGACCCAGAACCGACACGCUUAGUUUUGUUCUUCGAGAACAUGAAAUUGGAGAGUGGGAAGCCUUCAGCCUCCCGGAGCUGCAGAACUUCCUGCGCAUCUUGGACAAAGAAGAAGAAGAACAGCUUCAGACCCUGAAACGGCGUUACACGGCCUACAGGCAGAAGCUGGAGGACGCCCUGGGUGAGGUGUGGAAGCCUGGCUAAGGCCUAGGGCUUCCCGCCCGCAUGGCACGGCUCGGGACCAUGAAGGGGCGGCAUGGUGUCUGCUCAGAGAGCCGCUGCCGUGUCCCACCAUGCUGGGAAUCACCCUCGUUUCUCUCCAGACACAGUUCUUAAAGCCUGCUCACGCGGCACCCCGCGCCUCACGGAUUGGCACAAGGGACUCUGCAAACUUGUCCCGUCUUGGCAUGGCAAUGUUACCUCUUGCAAGCUGUGAGCCUGUGGUCAUCAGGCACACCCUGGAUUGCUUGGAAACGAGGACUGUGGCUUGACUUCCCCUGUUUUCUUCUAGUGACUUUAUGCGAUUUUUGUUGAGCUUCAGGGUGUGCAGCUUUGGAAUACUUGCCCUGUGGUGGAACUAGCUGCUUGGUUUUCUUCUGUCAGAACAGUCUGUCCCCGUGACCUGAGAGACAGGAAUUUAGGAUCUCGGGGGGUGGGGGGGUCGGGAAAA